AUGAGCUUCUGCUCGGCGAGAAAGGGGAGGGCAGAGAGAAGGAAGGUGGGGAAACAGAGGAGGUGCUUUUCUGUUCGUGGCAUUACACCAGCUGAAGGGUCAGUCCGGGGAAUAUACAGAUACACACGCACGCACUCACAUGCCUGCGCGCUCAGGAAGUACUCUGGCUGGUCCAAGCCCACUUUCCCUGCGCUUUUAGGGAAGGGAAGGAGCAACCCCAGCAGAGGAAGCGCCGGGAGGAAAAGCGAAGGGACCCCAGCGCUGGUCCUGCCAGUGGGGCAAAGAGGGACCCGUAGCGGGCGAGCAAGCUGGACGAGGGGGCGAAGCAGUUCCAGGUAAGGCGAGCCCUCGAUCUCCGGUGCUGUUCGAAGCUGAGUGGCGCGGCGGGUGCGCGGCUUUGUGGAUGCGCGCUCGGAGUUGGGGGUCAGGGGCUUAGGAUCUCUGCGCCGAGAAAGGAUCCCCCUCCCUCCUGUAUAUAUGUCUGUGUGUGUGUGUGUGUGUGUGUGUGUGUAUAGGGGUGUGUGUGUGUGGGUAUAUAUAUAUAUAUAUAUAUAUGAAAGACACAGAGAAGAGGGGGUCUGGUCGCCUUCCUGUAGUAGCUUCGCCAUCUCCGUGGCUUGUUGCUGCAUCGAGGGAACGAGGAGGAGGAGGAAGAGAAGAAGAGCAGCCCAGGCCGCGGAAGCUGGAGACUGGGGGGCGAGGAAACGCGUCCCUAAAUAAAUGAUCGGGGGGCGAAGAGUGGCUAGUGCGGGCGGCAAAUGUACGAAAGCGUUUGGGGAGGAGGGUGGCAUGUGUGGGUGCUCAGGGGAGUGACUUCCCCCAUAGUAUUGGGCGGGGAGGAAGGGGGUGUUCUCGGGGUCCAGCACCGUUCCCGGAACUGCAGUGUGGUGGUGUCAGUGGGAGGAGGAGGAGAAGAUGGAUGGGGAGCUGUAACGUUCUCCGGAGCCCUCGCAAUCUCCCUGGUAAACCACACUGCGCAAGCCGAAGGUGGGGAGGAGAAGGAAAAGAGAGGGCCGGAGAGAGAGAGAAGGAGGUGUGUUUGAUGGGCACAGGUUGAUGUACCUUUGUCUCUCCGCCCCCCCCCCGGCUGUGUUUCCUCCUCCCACCCAUCCCCGUUUCGUGCAAGGAUGUGCAGGCAAAAAGAAGCAACCACUGUCCUCUCCUCUCUCUCCCCCGCCUCCAAUUUCAACAGCUGGAGUGAGGCAUCAAUAAGCUCCUUUUGUGAUACCCGCCCCAAGAUCAGGACCAGAAUCGGCUGCUUAUACUGGGAACUGGGGAGAGAGGGUGGGGAACGUUUUCUCGUUCUACUGACGCCCCCUCGCCCCCGGCCGCCUUCUCCUCCCUGGGGACGCCUGGGCCAUAAAUCCUUCCCUUGCUAGGCGCUCCACACAGCAAGCAACAAAAGGCUCGGCAGCAAACAGCCAAGGGGGUGAGUUGCCGGCUGCUCCAGCCCUGCAGGGGGAGAAGCGGUUUGUGUAUAUGUGCGUGCGUAGCGUAGGAGUGUCCGCCUCCGCCUCCGCCUCCCCCCACCGUUGUAAGGCCGGCGACCUACGAGAAUCCCUUCUGACGCUGGACCAGACACCUGUGGACCACCUGCCUGCCUUUCUCCUUGCCCGCUCCAGUCUCGCGUUUCUUGCCCCGGCCGGAGCUGCAUCGUUUAGAUCAUGCUUUCUUCAUUCCCUUUCCUCUCCGGCUCUUCCCUCCCCCGUGUCCGCUUAUCUGCCAGAUCGGAUGUUGAGAGAGGUGUAAAAUUAAGCCAUCUUUUCUCCCCCACCCCUCUCCAGCUCUCUGGCCAUUGAUAAGAUUCUUCCCAAGCCCCGCCCCCUCUUCGCUCAUGUUGUGAAGAAAGCGUGGGCAAUGUCGCCUUAAGAGAAGUUGUGCCACGCAGGAGUCGCAGUCACGGCAUCCUCGCAGGAAACCUGAUUCCCCACCAGUGAACUUCGGUCCUCUUGGGUUCCGGACUUGGUGGUCUUUUGCAAGGCAUGCCUCUCUUGCUACAUUACAAAAUGUAGCAAGCCAGCUGUCUUUCUGGGUGCCCUCCUGCGGAGUGGGGCUCUGCACUUCUGCCCUAAAGCAGAGCUGUAGGUACGGGGGUGGGGUGGGCUAGCCAGGUUUUUUGCCCUGCGUGAAACCUCCAGAGGGGCGCUAUGGAGCCUCCCAGCUUCUGUAUGUGUUUGUGUGUGUACGCAAAUUCACAUGAGGGGGGUGCCAAACUGGGUCUUUGACUCAGGUUAAAUAAAGCUUUAAAAGGGACAGGGACUCAGGGACAGGGGAACCACUUUUUCAUUCUGAGGACCGCAUUUCGUGCUAGGCAACCUCCUGGAGGCCGCAAGAUGUCAGCAGCGGUGGACGGGGCCAGAGGCAAACGUGGGCGGAAGACUGAAUGUGGUUGUUAACUAUGUACCAUACAGGGCCGUCUUACCCAUAGGUGCCAGGGGUGCAGGGCAUCCGGGCGCCAGGCUCUCAGGGGCACCAGGCCGAGAGUCCAGGGCCCGAGAGUUGAGUUCUGGAAAGAGCCUGCCCGUCGGUUGGAGAGUUCGGGGGCGGCCGAGCCAGUGAGACACUGAGGUGGCUGGCUGGCUCCGCCCUCCUGCGCGCCUGGGACCGGGCAACCUGGGGGGCCGCCGGGCAGAUCUUUGCACCCCGGCGCCGCAUAUGCUUAAGACAGCCCUGGUACCAUAGCCUGACUUUUUACACACAUUCAUGCACCCCUCUCUGUUGCCCAUCUGGGCAAGCAAGAGGCAUUAUCUAGGCAGGUAAAAGCACUCAAGGAAGGUGUGGAGCAGGAUUGGUGAGGGAUGAGGCAGGGCGGACGGGUGGGUGGGUGAAGUGGCCUGGGGAGAGUCCUGAGGGUUAGAUAGACCUGGAAGGUGCAUUUGACCCACAGGCCCAGGGUUCCCCAGCACUGCCCUACUGCCAGGCUUCCCCCUUCUAACUAUGCGCAUGGUGACCAGGCCUCAGCACACAUUCCGGAGGCUCAGAGUUAUGCUGAGAGAGCCGCUGAGGGAAACAGCUUGUUUCCUUCUCUCUUGGAAUGGCCCACCCCACUUGUGUCCUUGGUUUCUCUCCUGCAUUGUUCCUCUUCUUUUAAAAGAAAAAAAUGAAGGAAAAAAUGCCUGUCUGUUUCCCAAAACUGUGGGUUUCUCCCAGAAUGUGACCAACAGUUUCCGCCUCUCCUCCAGCACUCACAGAUCCGGGAAUUGGCACCUCCUUCCGGCGGAAGUCCUGCUUUUCUCAGCCAGAGGUUGAGCUGGGGGGAGGUGAUAGGGUUUAUGGGGAAAGGGUUACUAUGACUACUCCUGCGCAGAAAUGAACAUUUCUCUUUCCUCUGUGUGUGCGCUCGCUCGCAUGUGCGCCUUCCUCUGGGUCACUUUGCGGAGAGAGUAUUUUUAUCAGGUUUCAGAAGGACAGUCCCUGCGAGGGAGGGGCUGCAGCUGAGUGGGAGAGCACAUGCUUUGCCUGCAGAAGGUCUCAGCAAUGUAGCGAGAGCACCGGAAGAAGGCAAGCUGCCUCACACUGAGUCAGGCCACUGGUCCUUCUAGGUUCGUACUUUUUUCAGCCAAAGGGCCACAUUCCCCCCUGGGAAGUGUGUCACUCUUGGGCGAGGCUGGUGGCAAAAGUGGGUGGAGCAAUGAAUGCAAAUUUUGUACACAUGACUAACUUGACACACAUUCACACAGCCUCCAUCCAAUGAAGCAAGAAGCACUAUCAGAGUUGCAGCCAGGCAAAAACAUUCACAUAGGGUGUGAAUAACAGAAUCAAAGAAUCGUAGAGAUGGAAGGGUCAUCUAAUCUAACUCCCUGCAAUGCAAGAAUCUUUUGCCCAACAUGAGGCUUGAACUCUUGACCCUGAGAUUAAGUCCCAUGCUCUACUGACUGAGCUAUGUAAGGUGAGUGGCUUGAAAGUGGGUGUGGACUGAGGAGUCCUGAGGGCCAGACAGAAGAGAAGGUUGAAGGGCUGCAUUUGGCUCCCCGACCUGAAGUUUCCCACCCCUGAUCUAUACUCACUGGCAGCAGCUCUCCAGACAGGUGUUCUUCUAGCCAUACCUGGAGAUACUGGGGAUGAAGCCAACAUUCAGUCUGCAGCAUCUCCAGGCAGGCCUAGGAAAAAUUCUCAAGUGGUCCUCCAUCUGUUGUAGGACUUCAGGUCAUUUCAGCCCCAGAGAGUGUGAGUAAUGGAUGGGGAUGUUGGGAGCUGGGAGUUCAGCAGCGUCUGGUGAGCCACAUGUUCCCCAUCCCUAGUGUAGACUUUGCUGCACUAGAGGGACCAAUGGUCUUGGUCUGGUAGAUGUCAACUUGCUAUGUUCUACAUAUUUGGCUUAGCUCUAAAGCAACUGCACUGUGAUUGAAAAGACAUGUGCCCCAAAAUUCAUUGCACUGUCAGAUAGGAUAUAGGGGAGCAUAAUAUUCAAGUUACGUUGUUACAAGGGGGUUAUUAUUGUUGUUUAAUUUAUGUACCACUUUUAUGAUAAAAUAGCUCCUAAGUGAUUUACAACUACAAAAUCAAUCCACAAUUAAAGUACACAAUAAUUUUAAAGCACCCUUAACUAAAAUACACAAUAAAACAGUUUAAAAGAGCAUAACAGUUGAAAGCAGUCAAAACUAUAAAAUCCCAAGUUCACUUCAGGGGAACGCUUGCCGAAAUGGGUAUGUCUUCAGGAGCUGAAGAGUUGUUUGUCUGUAUUGGAUCACAGUCUACUUCAGGGGUGCCCAAACUUUUUUCAAAGAGGGCCAGAUUUGAUGAAGUGAACAUGCUUGAGGGCUGACCAAAGUUGUUGAGCUUUUUUAAGGAUUUUACCCCAGGACAUACACUGCAACAGGGGCCGAAUUAGGCCCCCAAAACAGACUUUGGACAUGCCUGGUCUACUUUAAAAGUCUGUCUCUAGUAACUGGGAGGUAGGUUGCCCUAGAUGUGGAAGUAUAUGACUAACUGUCAUGGCAACAGUCAUUGGCUGUGCUUACCCAGAAUGAUAGAACUCUUGGGUUGCCUGUGCAUUUGGGAUGACCAGAGUUUUGGACUGGACAGCAGCAAAUGUGUGAAAGCAGUUGGAGGAUAAUCUUUUGCAUUAGAGUUGGUUGAGGGUGGGAGAAUCAACCUCUGGUCCUUGUGCUAAUUUCAGAAGCCUCCUUCAUGCAAUCUGUUCCUCUCCAAGCAGCCUGCUGGAGGUGGGGGAGCCACACCCUUUUAGUUCUGGCCACACCCACAUGUCCGCAUGGGCCCUCUGACAAUGGUGGUUGGUGCCCAUUAGUACUGGCAGGGCAGAAUGCAGGGAGGCCAAGGGAGGCGGAGCCAAAGCCUGAUUGGGAGCAGCCAGAACCCACAACAGACAGAGGCAACUAAUCCUAGUUCUGCCUCCAUCCUCUUCCCUGCUGAAUUUUACAAGGGCAACACAGAGACCAAGGAAGAGGAAAGUGGCUCUUCAAAAGAAGGGGCAGACAGAGGUUGGUGGGGCAGUUGCUCAUCAUCCUAAUGGACAAGCCACCAGAAGAUUUCUUGUUUGCUGCCUGGAAAAAGAAGGGGAAAAAAUAUUUUAAAUGAUGAGUCUGAUCUAACGGAGCUACUUCAGAAUUAUGCUAUGGAAUCAGUUUCUGCGCACAACCUGAUAGAGAAAAAGCGAGUAAUAGGUGACACAGUGUAAGUUUAUUAGAUUAUGCACCGUGUGUGGAGAAAGUGGAUAGAGGAAACUUUUCCUCCCUUUUGCAUGACACUAGAACUUAUGUCAUCCAAUGAAGCUGAACGCUGGAAGAUCCAGAUAAAAGAAAGAACUUCUUCGUGCCGCUUGUACUUUAAACUAUGGAACUCACUUUCCCAAGUGGCAGUGAUGGCCACCAACUUGAAUGGCUUGAACAAAGGAUUAGACAAAUUCAUGGAGGACAAGGCUAUUGACGGUUGCUAGCCAGGAUGGCUGUGCUGUCCUUUUAUGGUCAGAGGCCAAGAGCCUGCUGCACUCAUUUCUGAUUUGUGGGCUUCCCAUGAGCAUCUUGUUGGCCCCUGUGAGAACAGGAUGCGCCUUUGGCCUGAUCCAGCAGGCUCAUCUUAUGUUCUUAACCUGCACAGCCAAGCAAACACCACCAUGCCAUUUUAUUAACAGCACACACUUGUUUCAGUGGAGGGUUUUGCUUAGAAAACCCUCAUGAUCUGCACCCCUCCCCACCUUCCCACUGGCAUAUAUUCUGCAGGGUUGAAGCCUCUGUUUAAAACAUAUGUGAGCCAUUCAGAAACGCCACCAUGCACAUGCAGUUUGUACUCAGGAAAUCACCAAGUACAAGAUGUAGCAGCAUACGAAGCAGCCCCCGCAAUUCCCUCCCCUCCCCAAGACAUCCCUCUGCCUAUUCAAGGUUUUCAAUGGCAUCUGGGAAGUGUGGGCAAGUAGAAAUUUGAAUGGAACAAGGAAAGAAUGUUCAUCUACUCUCUAUUGUGUAACCUUGGGCUUCUGUAUCUGGAGCUGCACAAUGUAUGGCAGUUUAUUUUUCAGUAGCAUUUUCAGCAUGCAAAGUGUGCUGUGCUGCUUAUUGUCUUCAUCCAGUCAGUGCUGGGCUACAAUGGAGGCAUUUUGCAUUCUUUCAGAUCAAGUUCUCAAAAGCUUUAAUCUGCCCCCUGGAGUAUUGCUGUGUGUGUGUUUGUGUCCAGGUUGCCCAGUGCCUCCAUUCUGCAGCACUGAGCAAAACCAUGUUGACUCUUUAAUUCAGGAGUAUCCAGUAUGGCACCACCCAGAUGUUGUUGGACUUCAACUCCCAUCAGCUCCCAGCCAGCAUAGCCAGUUGUUGGGGUUGAUGGGAGCUCCAGUCCAACAAUAUUUGGAGGGCACCAUGCUGGCUAUGCCUGCUUUAAUUGAUAUAAUCACAGAACUGGGAGGAGCCACAUGCAUCAUCUAGUCCAGCUCUGAUUUGAUGCAAGAAAUCCCCAGAGCAUCCCCAACAGAGCAUCCCCAGCAGGAGAGGGCUAUUUGCUUUUGCUUGAAGGCCUCCCUUCUAGGUAAUUAGUUCUAUACCCAAAAUGCCCAUCCGUUCAAGAACUUUUCCUCAAUGUUAACUGACACCUCCUGUAAUACAGGAUGUAAAUGAUACAAGUAAUAGUGCAAAUACAGAGGAACCUUGGUUUUCGAGCGUCUCGGAAGCUGAACGAUUCGGAACCUGAAUGCUGAAAACCUGGAAGUGAAUGCUUCCAUUUCUGAACGCACUUCAGAAGUCCAACGGCUUCCAAGACGUGUUUCUUCAUUUUUUCCAUUGAAAUUGCUGACUGCCCAUUGCGCCUCGGUUGUCGAACGUUUUGGAAGUCAAACAGUCUUCUGGAAUGGAUUAUGUUUGACAACCGAGGUUCCACUGUACCUGCUAUUGUGAGUGGGCUCCUUGUGCAGAAGACGGCAAGCUCCCUCCUGCUUUUGCAUUGCCAUCAUUAUUAGGAACAUAGGACGUUGACUUAUAAUACCAACUCAAAACGCUGGUUCGAGGAACUCAGUAUUAACACAGACUGCCAGUGUGGUUGUGCAGGGGUUCAGAGAAGUGUCUAGCUCAGCCUGGAGAUGCCAGGGAUUAAACUGGGAACCUUCUGCAUGCAAAUCUUGAGCUCCACUACUGAUUCUUGUGCUUCCUUUCUACCUCCACUGUCAGAGGCAAAAUGCCUUAGAAAGCCAGUUGCUUGGAAUCACAAGGUGGGAGAGGGCUGUUGUGUUAAGGCCUUCUUGCGGGCUUCUUGUAGGCAUCGGUCUAGUCCAAGAUGCUGAACUAAAUAGGUCUUUCACCUGAUCAUGGAGGCUCUUCUUAUGUUCCAGCUGAUAGAACAUGACAUUGGUGUUGGGGCACCAGUGGAAAUAUUAAUCUCCUGCAGUAGGAAGGGGCAGUGGCAGAGUAUCUGCUUUGCAUGCAAAUGAUCUAUGGUUCAGUCGGGGGCAUCUUCAAGUAGAGCAGGGAAUAUCCCUUCUCUGAAACCCUGGAGAGCGACUGCCAGUCAGUGUAGACCAUGGGUAGGCAAAGUAAGGCCCAGGGGCCGGAUCCGGCCCAAUUGCCUUCUAAAUCUGGCCUGUGGGUAGUCCGGGAAUCAGCGUGUUUUUACAUGAGUAGAAUGUGUCCUUUUAUUUAAAAUGCAUCUCUGGGUUAUUUGUGGGCCAUAGGAAUUCAUUCAUUAUUUCCCCCCCCAAAUAUAGUCCAGCCCCCCACAAGGUCUGAGGGACAGUGGACCGGCCCCCUGCCGAAAAAGUUUGUUGACCCCUGGUGUAGACAAUACUGAGCUGGGUGGAGCAAUGGUCUGAUUCAGAGUCAGUUUCCUAUGUUCCUAUGACAGGAGAAGCCAUCUAUGCUGGUGGAAUAUUCAACACCAUAUUUAAAGGUACAAAGAGCCCUCUCUAGGUCAGGAGCUGGCACUGUGUCAGCCAGCCAAGUCAAUGGCUGUGAAGCUCAUGAGACAGACUUGAUGGAGACAGCCCCACCUUGUUGAUUGGCCUCAGCAGCACCUGGGCAUCAAAGGUGUGUGUGGCCAGAUGCAAAAAGAAGAAGAUAGGACUCUUGCACGUUUAAUAGCAUGAUACCUGCUGAAGUGCCCUCUUCUACAGAAAGAGCAUGUAGAAGGCAGAAAGGGAUCUAAUAGACCUUCUGGUGCUUUAAAAUAGAUUAGCAUGGCUUUCCGGGUGCUUCCUCCCCGCCAUAGUGCUCUGGAAUGUGUUUUCCUAAACAGCAGAUUCACUUGGCUUCUUGAUAAGGCAGACCUGGCUAUUUGCCACGGUUUCUGCUGGAUGCAUCGUUCUGCUCUGGGUGACUCCCAAAUGUUCCAUCGCGCAGGAAGCUAUGGAGAGAGGCAACAUGUUCUCAGAGGUGGAGUGAUCCUCUUCACAGCCCUGCCACUGACUCAUGCAGCCUUGGGGAUGAUGUUUCCUCUUCGUGAACCUCUUGCUUUCUCGCCCUAACCCAGCAAACAGAAAAUGCUUGCUUAGUGCCUUCUCCUUUGGACACCCUCAUGACGGCUGUCACGUCACAACUGUGGCAAUCUCUGGCUAAAUGUUGCUGGGAAAGUACCAGAGAGCUCCCCCAAGAAGUGUUUCAAGUUCAUGUUUAGUGGAGGAGGAUGUGGUAUCUAUCUCAGCAUUCCACAUUCCUUCUUAAUCUGGAUACAGAUGGUGCUGCGGGUAUAAGGUUUUUAAAAAAUGAAAAUGUACAUUUAUAUAUUUUUUUAAAAUAAUAUUUAUUGAUAAUUUCAGGAUUACAAGAAAGAGAAAAAAUAAAAAACAACAACACUACAAUACAAUACAAAAAAAAAGAAAAAAAGAAAAAAAGCACAAAAUAUAAAAAACCAGUACGACAAUACAGCAAAAGAAAGUAAAAAAGAAGAAAAAAGAAGAAAAAAACACAAAUCCCAAAUUGCAUAUCCAUAAUUUCCAUUUGCUUGUUUCAUUGACCUCCUCACACCUCCCUUUUUGUAUUCUAGUUUAAUAAUUAUUUCAGCAAAUUCUUUCCAUCUUUCUCAAUUUUUGUUAUAAAAUUUAUCUUAACAAUUUAACCUAAUAAUUAACUCAACAAAUCCUUUCCAUCUUUCCCCAUAUUCUGUUAUUCAAAUUAUCUUAAUUUAUUUAACCUUAUCUUACCCCUAAGUACCUUAAAACGUAAAUCUUAGUUUUCAAAUAUACAUAGCUCCUGAUAACAUUUCUGCUAGAGUCGUAUAGUUUUAUUCCCACAUUUUCCCUAAUAUUCAUUAAGCUGAUUCUAAAAUAAAAAAAUUCCAUUAUAAAUUCUCUUUCAAUCAUCAUCCAGCGUCUCUUCUUCCUGGUCUCGGGUCGUGUCAGUCCUUACUGUCCAUUCCAUCUAGCCCAUCAACCUGGAAGCCUUAUGCCCGAGGCCCUUAAGUCUCUUCCAUGUCCCUUCUGCAAUUCUUCUUCAUCUUGUUUGUGCUUGCCCUUUUCCUUGUCUUUUGUUGGUCUCUGUCUUAGUUUCUUUCCUUUCUCAUUGAGGAGUAGGUCUCUGGGGACUGCCACCCCAAAAUUGUCUCCAUCACCCUUCAUCCAGCUCGCCCAUUCCCCACAGUCCCACUCCCCACAGUCCUCGAUAUAAUCCAAAAUGUAUUUAAAAUCAAAUUUCAAGAUCUCUCCAAAGCUAGGAACCUCCUCAUCUCCAGACUCCCUUGGCCCACUCCAACUUCAAUCUUCAAUAACAGCGGCUUAUGCUCCUGUAGGGCCUCAGGUCUCUCCAUUUGUACUAUUUGAGGUGCAGCCGCAUCCUCCUCCAUUGUCAUCUGCACUUGCCCAGUCAGUACAGAUUCAUAGAUUGGUUCCUGAAUGAUUUCUGUAUCAAUGUUCCCUGUUUGUCCACAGUUAUUAACCACAACAGUCAAAUCCAUUUUCUCAUUCAUCAAGUCCAUCUUCUCAUGCAUCUGUUCCAGCAAAGCAUUUGUCUUGCAUAGAGCAAGCACCCAGUCUUCCUCCCAGCUCAUCUUUGUUCAAGGUCAGAAAAGACUGUUCCCACGGUCUUAAUCUCACAGAUGUUGGGUCUCAAAUAUACUACAGCAACAAUUUAGCAAGCUCCCUCUAGAGGAGACAAACUAUUUGUAUCCAUUUUUUUUUCUUGAAGACAAAAGAAAGUUACUUUCAUUUUUCAGAUAUUUCAGAUGUUUUUCAGAUGUUUUGUUUCUUUAAAAUGCAAAAGGCAACAUUAGAGUCAACUUGUUUCUCUUCAUUAGCUAUCUGUCAAAGUAUUACGUUCACAGUCAAUGAGCCUCUCCAACAGUUUCUGUCUCUGACACCCCGUUCCCAGGUUAGAGAAGGUGGAAACUUAUCCUUCUUCACUCCCUCUCCUGCUAGGGUUAAACAGAGUCCCCCCCCCUUUUCUCCUGCUUCCAAGGGGGGUUUCAGUAAUUCUAAAUGAAGGAAAUUUAGUCUUUUUUGACAGCUUCCCGGCUUUAGCUUGCAAAAUUUUUGCUUUAGUCUAUAUACAAAAAAGCGGAAGGCGGACUUCCUGUUUGCACCUUCCCGCUUCGAUACCAAAUUAAACAAUUUCUUGAUCCAAUUUUCCGUUUCUACUCACGGGUACUUGUUUUAAGUCCAAUUGUCCACAGGAAAAAGUCAGCGCUCUCUGGCAAUGGCUGUGCAGCUUCACUCCGUGAAAAUAGCAGUCAGUUCGUAGCACCGCGCUUCUCACCCCACUUCGCUCCGGAGCCCCUUGAUGGGAUUCCCCGCGAGUAGGGGGGCGCUUCUGGUGCCCUGCCGAACCCCACGUUCCCAGGCUUCCUCCGCCUGGGAUUUCUAGCGGGUCCCCACCUUCGCCGCGGCGGGAAGACCCAGUUUCCACGGAGCCCGUUCCUCCGGUCGGAGGAACUCCGCCAUUCACCAAUGGCGCUGACCCGGAAGUCCUAAAAAAUGAAAAUGUACAUUUAUAAAGGGUCACGGCCUAAUCUGUGCAUAGUGUAGCCACUGACUGCCUGUCACCCACUGUUUCCUUCCUAUGAAUCUUCUGUUUGGAGCAGGGGUUCCCAGACUGUGCUCUGCAGACCACGGGUCCUCCUGGUCCAGGAGCUUCAUCCCCUGCUAGUGGAAUACUGUACUCUCCCCAGAAACACUUGUCUGGCAUCUGCUUCGCUAGCUUUUUAGCACCACAUGAAGACAAAUGUUAUUUCCCUUAGCUUUUAGUAGAUGAUUAUUAUUUUUAUUGCUAAGGAAGGUCAGUUCAGCCCAUUUCCACUUUGUCAGUUUCACAUGCACCCAGUUGUGAGUUUGUUCCAUCUCAUUUGGACAGAUUUCCCCCAAAAAAGCAUGGGGGGAAAGAAAUUGUGUUUGAACCAUGUAUAUUUUUAAUCUAAACCACACAUUUUUGAAUGCUUUCCGAUGUGUUUGCCCCCAUAAAAUAGGCUUCUUUGGUGUGCAUAUUUGAACUGAAAUCAUUUAGGAAAAUUCACAGAAUCUGUUUGGCAGCUGUGCUCCAGUCUAUGUACAAACUUGGUUGGUUCACUUCAAAAUGUGAUCCAAACAAAUUUCUACUCCAUCCCCUAUUUAUUACUACUUCUAUUAUGUGUGUGUGCGCGUGCUUCUAUCUUAUUAUUUUAUCUCUAGUGUUAAUUUGUUGUAUCUGAAAUGUUUACUACUUUGGAAGCUUUGUUCAAAAGGUGGAAUAGAAUUUUUUUUAAAAUGAAAACAGAUUAUGUCUAUACAGUCCCAUUGGGUUCAGUGGUGAUUACUCCUAGGUUAGCGGCUGUAGGGAUUGCAGUUUAAGGAUAGAGAUGGCAAAGCAGCAGGAUUUGGCUAAAUAUUUGGAGGAACCUCUUAGUGGUAAGAGCUGUCUGUUGUGGAACAAAACCAUCUUGGGUAGUGGUUGGCUCUCCUUCGCCAGAGGCUGGGUGCUCAUCAGUAACUGCAAAUGUCUUGCACUGAGCUGGGUGUUGGACCAGAUCAUUGGUGGGCAACCUCUGGCCAAUCUUGGCCUGCCAAGCCAUUUUCCCCAAACCACACCCAUCACUCCACCAGCUGCCUUCACUGGUGGCAUCGGUUGGUGGGUGGGGUUUGAUCCUUCUGGAGUCCUGGGGGGAGCAAGCUGGCAAAGCAGACUCCUGCAGUCAGCAGAAUUGCACUCACCAGCUGGUGAGUAGAGAGUGCAAUCCUGCUGGUGUCAGCUUCACCUACCCCUGCAGGUCAACUCUGACAGGUAGGCAGGACCACCACCUGUCAAGUGACAGAUGUUGGCCUGGCAGGCUGAAGCAGCCUUUGCCAAACAGACGUGCUGACUGAGUUGCAGUCAAAGCAUCUGGAGGGCAUCAGGUGGGGCUUAAGAGAGAAAACAGAAUUCAAGGUCACCGAGGUCACAGACAUGGUUAAUCUGACAUGGAAGAUGAUAACUUCCUGACCCCAGCUGCAAAACAGAUACCACCUGAAAAAAUUUAAAUGCUUUGUGGCUCAUUUUUAUAAGCUUGUAGAUUGUGAUGUGAACUGCCAUGGAUUUACAGCCCAUGACAUCAGUUGUACCCUAUACCUAAUUAGGUGAACGGGGGCCGGGAAACCCUCCAAGAUUAAAUAUAGGCUGUAUAUACACUGUACAUUUAAAGUACAUUUAGAGUGCGGGUAGAGAAUCCUGGGAACUGUAGUUUACCACUCACAGAGCUACAUUUCCCAGCUCCCUUAACAAACUACAGUUCCUGGAUUUAUGGUUCUAUGAUUCUUGGGAGGUGCAGCUGUAAAUGUAUGGUGUCUCUGCAGCUUCUGAGUUUCCACUGGCGCGUUCAGUACACCCGAGUGCCUCAUUGCAAGUAAUAGAUAACUGGACACAGUGCACACUCCAGAGAUGAGCUUCUGGCAAAGUGUCGUUUUAUAAUUUAAAGGAAGUUUCUAACCCUCAGGUGAACAGUGGCAGGAUAUACCGUAUUUUUUGCUCUAUAAGACUCACUUUUUCUCUCCUAAAAGGUAAAGGUAUGGAGCGAAUGCAGGCUGCACAGCUAUCACAGAAGCCAGAACAGCAAGAGGGAUUGCUGCUUUCACUGUGCAACGAUCCCUCUUGCUGUUCUGGCUUCUGAGAUUCAGAAUAUUUUUUUCUUGUUUUCCUCCUCCAAAAACUAGGUGCGUCUUGUGAUCUGGUGCGUCUUAUAGAGCGAAAAAUACGGUAAUAAACUGGAAAUGGAGUGAUGAUGAUGGUUAGAAAACACCAGGGCCAAAUCAGUGUGGGUUCCAGGGGUGAGGUUGCACAACUAGGUGACCCAACCCAUUUCUUCCUGUCAUAACCUUCCCUGACUUACAUGAUGUUGCUUCCUUUCUUUUUGCUUCUUGCCAUAUAUAUAUGUGAAACCCUGGAAAGUCCCAGAUUCUUCUAUUUCCCAUAAUUAAGGCAAUUCAUGUGUCUUGCAGAAUACAGUCUAUGGCACAGAGCAUAGCUAGACUUCAGUGUGCCUUCAGAAGUUUGAAGAGCAUUUUGUCCUGACCCUCCCACUCUGCUCAAACCAGGCCCCUGUUCCCACGCCUCCUUAGAGUGUGGUGUAGUGGUUAAGAGCGGUGGACUCGUAAUCUGGUGAACCGGGUUCGCUUCCUUGCUCCUCCACAUGCAGCUGCUGGGUGACCUUGGGCUAGUCACACUUCUUUGAAGUCUCUCAGCCCCACUCACCUCACAGAAUGUUUGUUGUGGGGGAGGAAGGGAAAGGAGAAUGUUAGCCGCUUUGAGACUCCUUCGGGUAGUGAUAAAGCGGGAUAUCAAAUCCAAACUCCUCUUCUUCUUCUUACGUCAGAUCACAAUCCUUACAGGAGGGUUAGACCAGGGCUGGGGAACCUCAGGCUUGUUGGUCGUAUGUGGCCCUCCAGGCCUUUCCAUCUGGCCCUUGGGACUCUCCCUAGGCCACGCUCCUUACCAGACCUGCUUUGCCACCCUCUGGAGUCUUCCUGCCUGGCUGUGUCAUUGGACUCUGAGAACAAUGCCUCUUUUUUGCCUGGAUGGGGAAGGGAACGUGAAGGUUUGUGUAGAAGCUAGUCUGUUACAAACAAGGCCAACCCCAGCCUCUCUCACCACCAAAGGAACACAAGUGAACAGCAGAGAACCUGCACAAGCAACGCUGACACCAAACCCCACAUACAUUAAGCAAAAUAGAAACAUCGCCACCCGACCCCACCCUCACCCAUCUUCCACCCCUCCACCCCUAUCCCCCCUUUCUUCCUAAUGUCUCAACGAAUGAAACUGAUUUGUAAAAAUGUUACAGGAGAGAGACAUUACACAUACUUCUGUAAAUCAAGAAAAUCUUUAAUAAAAAUACAAAAAGAAGAAGCUAGUCUCCUCUCCCACGGCAGGGUUCUUAUUGGUUAUUCUGCUCAUUUUUGCUUCUGGCCUUGCCCACUGGGUCUCCAGAGGUUGCCUAGGAGGGAAUGUGGCCCUCGAGGAGCUGAAAGAGGUUCCCCACUUCAGGGGCCCUUGACAGGAGAUUCCCUCCCACGAUGCACCCUGCCUUCUAUUCCCAUUUCUCCUAUCUCAAGCCCGCUUAUAUUGCUGUUCAUUGGACAUUCAUUUGCAUGCAGCUCAGCAGCCUUUCGCCCCCCAAACCCCACCCCCCAUCCCCUCCGCAGUCCUCCUCAGCUUCCUCCUUGAAGCUACUGUGAACUGGACCGGAAUCCUGGUGGCUUCCUGUCUCCAUCUGGUUUCCCUCCAGCAAACGCCCUCACCACUUCCUCUCUGGCUUGUGCUUCAGACCCUCUCUUUCGCUUGUAAAGGUCCCGGUUGCCUGGGUUAGAAAAAUAUAUCCCCUUCCCCACAAUGCAGUGCAAAGUGUAGCAGGGAGUUUCGGAAGGGCAGCCUUGCUUGUUCCUUGCGCCAAAGCCAGCAGAGUGUCUUGAACAAUUGACAGAUGAUCGUCUCGCAAGUCUGCAGCCCACUUCAUCAGAGGAAGGAAAGCAGAAUCCAGUCCUUGCAAACAGAGGCCAAAAAAAUAAAUUUGUUAGGCUUUUAGGCAGGGAUGUUGCUGGACUGCAGCUUCCUUCCUGCUUGCUUGACCACUGGCUGUGCAGGCUGGGGCUGAUGGGAGCUGGAGUCCAACAAAGUCUGCAGAGCAAGAGGUUCCCCAGCCUGCCUUAAAAACGGACCAAAUCUAAUACAGUGGUACCUCAGGUUAAGUACUUAAUUCAUUCCCGAGGUCUGUUCUUAACCUGAAACUGUUCUUAACCUGAAGCACCACUUUAGCUAAUGGGGCCUCCUGCUGCCGCCGCGCCGCCAGAGCCAAAUUUCUGUUCUCAUCCUGAAGCAAAGUUCUUAACCUGAAGCACUAUUUCUGGGUUAGCGGAGUCUGUAACCUGAAGCAUCUGUAACCUGAGGUACCACUGUAUAUGAAUAUAGGAAGCUGCCUUCUACAGAUUGUUGGAGUUGAUCUAGCCCAGGGGUCAACAAGCUUUUUCAGCAGGGGGCUGGUCCACUGUCCCUCAGACCUUGUGGGGGGCCGGACUAUACAGUGAAAAAAAAAUGAACGAAUUCCUAUGCCCCACAAAUAACCCAGAGAUAAAAUAAAAUAAAUAAAAACACCAGGCAGGCCCCACAAAUAACCCAGAGAUGCAUUUUAAAUUAAAGGACACAUUCUACUCAUGUUAAAACAUGCUGAUUCCCAGACCAUCCGUGGGCCGGAUUUAGAAGGUGAUUGGGCCGGAUCUGGGUCGGAUUUAGAAGGCAUUUGGGCCGGAUCUGGCCCCUGGGCCUUAGUUUGCCUACCCACGAUCUAGCCCAGUAGUGUCUGCACUGGCUGUCAGCAGCUCUCCAGAGUUCUCCACCUGGAGUCUUCUCAGCCUUACCUGGAGAUGCCAGGGAUUGAGCCUGGGACCUUCUGCAUGAGAAACAGAUGCUCUGUGACUAAGCUACGUCCCUUUCCCAAGACUAUAGGAAGCUGCUGCAUUCUGAGUCAGACCAUUGGGCCAUCUAGCUCAGCACUGCCUGCACUGCCUGGCAGCAGCUCUUCAGAGUUUGAGAUGGGUGUUUUCUCCAGCUCAACCUGGAGAUGCCUGGGAUUGAACCUGGGACCUCUUGUAUGAAAGCAGCUGCUCUGCCACUGAGCUACAGCCCCCUCCCCCAAACACAUUUCUUCUCAGGGCUGGCAGUGGGUUCUUUUUUUCUGCUGUUUGGCUCUCCACUCUCUUGUUUGCACCUGACAGGACCUGCUACAUCCCAGCAUCUCCUGGCUAAGUCCUUCCCGUCCAUGACCAUCUGCCUCCGUGCGCAGGCUGCCAUAUCCUCGCCAGCAGCUUGGGUUGUUGGGCAGAAGUUCAAAGGCCACAUCUCACGCCCACAAGAGGGGAUGGAGAGAGUCCCCUGCGAAGGAAGGUUGCAGCCUUUGGGACUUUUUAACUUUAGAGCAAAGACGAGUAAGAGGUGGCAUGAGAGAAGUGUGUAAAGUAAUUCAAGGCACGGAGAAAUAACUGACUAGAACUUGAGGACAUCCAGUGAGGUUGGAUGCUGGAAUAUUUGAGACAGAUAAAAGAAAGGGGUGGAUGGCACUGCUUUGUGGUGAUUCUGGUCCUACUUGGAUGGUCAUUUCCAGAGGGUAAUGCUGGGGGACUAUUCUUUGGUCUCAUGGAGCCUUCAAUGUGGGGUUCCUCAGAGUUGGAUUUUGUCCCCUACACCGUUUAACAUCUACAUGAAAUCGCUGAGUGGGGGUCUGCCAUAUAUGUUGUCAGCCAGUGCUUUUUUUCUGGGGGGACAGAGGGGGAUGCAUACUCCUAAACAUUCUGUGAUUCUUGGUAAAGGUAAAGGGACCCCGGACCAUUAGGUCCAGUCGCGCACGACUCUGGGGUUGCGGCGCUCAUCUUGCUUUAUUGGCUGAGGGAGUCGCCAUAUUGACUGUUGGACCCACUAUUGGUCUCGUCCAGCCAAUCUGCCGGAGCCUGUCUUAAGUAAAUUAGUAAUAAUAAUAAUAGUUGAACCAUGGAAUGUGCUCCCACAGGAGGCAGUGACGGCCAUCAACUUGGAUGGCUGUAGAAAAGGAAAAGUGGUGGGCCCAGGUAAGCUAAGAUUGCAGCUUUCUGUAAGCUCCACCUGUAAGGGAGAUAAGACAAAACCAGAGGCCUAGCCUGCCUCCUUGUGGCUCUUCCGACCCCCAGCCUCAACACCCUUUCCCCUUGCCAUUGUGUGAAGGCAGAGCCUGUGAAAUAUUCUGGGCUCUGUUCCCUUGUUGAUUUAUGCUGCCAGAUUCCUCUGGGGACAACAAGCCUGCUGGGAUGUCAAAGGGGGAGUGCCCCAGGGGGUAUGCAAAGUCAGGCUCUCUUACUUCUAACAAUAGCCCCCCCUGGGUUCAGCUAUUUUAAGCUUUCAAUAGGAUUCCAAUUACGGAUGCUUUCAUUAUUCUUGGGGAAAACCCAGCUGCAGAGAAAGGGAUUAGCAGCAAGCAGAGGGACUGGUGAUGGCAGGGAAAGGGCUAGAGCUCAGUGGUAGGAUGUCUGCUCUGCAUGCAGAAGGUGUUGGCUUUGAUCCCCAGCAUCUCCAGGUAAGACCUAGCAGAGUCUCAUUUCUGAUUUUCUGGAGAGCCGCUGCCAGUCAGCAUGAAGCUAGGUGGACCAAAGGUCCAAUUCAGUAUAAGGUGGCUUCCUAUGUUCUUAUGAAAUCUCUUCCAUUGGAGGAGAAUAGAGUUUCCUUGCUGCUGUUGUUUGCUGUGAUUUGUAGCACCGGCAAGCAAGACUUUGGCCAUCUUCUUCCCUGGCCAUUCUAUGGUUGUUUCCCCCUGUGGGUGCAUGGGAGGAAACCAGGGAAGGGCCAUAGCUCAGUGGAAGGAUGUGUCCUCAGUAUGCAGAAGGUCACAGGUUCAAGCCCAGGCAUCUCCAGUUUUUUAAAAUAAGAGCAGGUGCAGGUGUUAGGAAAAACCCUGGAGGGCUGCUGCAGAACUGAGCUGAGUGGACUAACAGGCCCCUGGUAUAACCUUCAGCAACUCUUGAGUACACUGGUUCCCGUUUUGUUCUCCUUCUACCAAUAUUAGCUCUGAGGUCCCAUCUGCACUAUACAUUUAAAGCGGUAUCAUACCACUUUAAAGUGCAAUAGUUUCCCCCCAAUAAUUCUGGGAACUGUAGUUCCUUAAGGGUGCUGAGAGCCCCUAGGAGCCUCCUAUCCCCCUCCCAGAGACACAGUGCUUGGAGUUCCCUGGCAAGAGGGAUUGAUUGUUAAACCACUCUGGGAAUUGCAGCUCUGUGAGCAGGUUAGAGACUGCCUAAAAAGUUCCAGCACCUUAAUAAACGACACUUCCCAGUAUUCUCUGGGGGAAGCCUUGGCUGUUUAAAGUGGCAUGGUUUUGCUUGAAACGCGCGGUGCAGCAGGGGCCUGAAUGCUACAGCAGUGUUUCUCAAACUCCAUCCCACUCCCCAUGGACUACUUUAAAAUUACUGAGGGUCUUGGGUGAGCACUUUUUUCAUUCUACAAAUGGAAACACAUAUACAUGGGCAUCUGCUGGGUGUGGGGCAACACCCUAGGUGAACACAACCCGCAGAUCCCCAGCUUUAUUAAAAAAGAAAAAGUUUCUAGCCCUGGUAGAACCUGAGAUAUAUGCAGGUACAAUUCUCUUUGUUUUGCUUAGUGAGAAACCAGCCUAAUUAUUUAUUUGCAGUAUUUACUUUGUGCACUGCCCUGGUAAAAAAAAACACACAAACAAACAAACAAAACAAAAAACCCUACAGAUGCAUAUGCAUAACUCACAUUUUAAUAACUAGUUUUUCCUUCCUAAUGUGAGAGAUGUGCUUCUGGAUUAAAUAUGAAGAAAAAUAGCCUUUUGCUGCUUCUUCCAUGUCUGAAUCAUUAUCAAAACCAGGGCAGUAUAAUGCAAAUCUUGGGCACCAGGCCAAGGCUGCCUAAGCCCAUUCUGAUAAUCUGGCUCAGAUCCAGACAGCUUUGCUCCCCAUCAGAAAAAAAUAAAUAAAUCAAGUGCAUGGCCAGGUAUAAAUGUUCUCAAUCGUUCAGCCUCCUUUCUGCAGGCCACCUGGAUGGAGCUCAUGGACCACAGGUGGAGAGCUGCAGCAUGUUCUCCAAAUAGAGCACAUUGACCACUAGACUAUUUCUUCCAAGGUGAUAUUGUGUACAGGUGACUCCCCACUUACACGGGGGUUACGUUCCCGGGUAUGUAAACUUAAAGGUAAAGGGUCCCCUGACCAUUAGGUCCAGUCCUGGCUGACUCUGGGGUUGCAGCGCUCAUCUUGCUUUAUUGGCCAAGGGAGCAGGUGUACAGCUUCCGGGUCAUGUGGCCAGCAUGACUAAGCCGCUUCUGGCAAACCAGAGCACCGCACAGAAACGCCGUUUACCUUCCCGCCGGAGCAGUACCUAUUCAUCUACCUGCACUUUGACGUUCUUUCGUACUGCUAGGUUGGCAAAGGAACUUACAUAUAUGUGAAAUUGUGUAUAGUGGGAACAUCAUUGGGUUCAAUGGCAGGUGGGAUUGGGGGAAAAAAGAAAUUUCCCGGAUGCCCACCGUUUGUUUGUUUGUUUGUUUGUUUGUUUGUGUGUUUUGCCAAGCUCAUGAAACUGAAUGCACAUAAGUUGAACGCCCGUAAGUGGGGGGAUGCCUGUAAAGUGGUCUGGUACCCAAUAACAAAAUACGUAUGUUCUCUGUCAGUUGUGAAGUAGCUCCAUAGUUUUCAGACAACUUUUUAGGCGACAGAAAGAAGGGAAGAGUUUUGGGUGGGUGAAUGAGUGCUAAUUCAAUGCACUUUGAUGCGGGAAGCCAUGUCCAUAAACUGAUACGGACCGGAUUUCGUGCUCUGGUACCUGAGCUUGAAUACAAAAUGCGAAUCCCAGUGUGAACUGCAGUUUCAGAAAAUCUCAGGGCAGGGAGAGUGCUGUUGAACCCACGUUCAGCUUGCAGGCUUCCCCAAGGGAACUGGUUGGCCACUGUGAGACUGGGAUGUUGGAAUGGAUAGGCCAGCAGGACUCUGACCCAGCCGGGCUCUUCUGAGGUUCUUAGAUCAGGUGGCUACAUGUAGGAUUUUGUGAUUGUUAAAAACAAACCCAGCAGCAUUUGGUAGCAAGAUCUGUAGGUGACAUUCUGCAAAAAUGUAAGAAUUGGGCCUUUGGUGUUUAAACCAGGCCUGCGGAAUCUGUGUCCCUCCAGGGGUCGCUGAAUUCAACUCCUAUCAGCCCCAGACAGCAUAGCCAGUGAGGAGGGGAGAUGCGUUCCGGCAAUGUCAGCCCUGGUUUAAACAAUUAACCGGUUAGAUUAUUCAGUUAACCUUCUGAUGGGCUAAUAAUGUAUUCCAGAAAGAUUGGCAACCGAUUUCUUUUUUUAAAGAACAUCUUUAUAACAUUGCAGGAGGCAAACAGCAUUUUAAAAGAGGAAUUCUCUUUCACACACAAAGACACAUGCACACACAGAAUACAUUUUCAAAAAUGUGUGUAUAUAUCUGCUGGAAAGAGAGCAUAUGCUUCUUGGUUCAGAAGAUUUUUUUAAAACUGGCAUGUAAAUUUAAUCAAUUGCUUAAUCAUACAAGUUGGGAGUCGAUGAAUCAAUUUAAAUUGCAUUUAAUUGGGCUGCAGCCCCAAUAAGAACGUAUUUCUAAAAAGGGUUUAAUUGCCCCACCCUUAGCCUAGUGGAGGGGACCUUGUUUUAGCUAAUGUUCUCAAAGACGAUGGCUGUAGUGUGUUACAAGCCGCAGACCUCACAAAGUUGCUUCCCCCCAAAGCAUUUGUUUGCAGUUCUGCUGCUGUGAACUUCUUUUCUCAUGGUAUCUGAAGCAAAUGUACUGAAUUUCAUUUAUGGUGGGGAAGGCUCACAAUGCUUUGAUGUGGUUUAAAGAAGAUGGGUCUCUCCAUCUAGUUUUAUUUCAUUUGUUUAAAAGCAUUUCUCAAUGGCUUAAUAUUUUAAAACCUCCCAAGUGGUAUAUGGAACAUACAACUUAAAGAAACCUUAGCACAGCAUCAUAAAAACAGAGUUACAGUCUGAAAGGAUCUGCACUAUACUGCAUUCAGUGCAGGGGUUUUUUUUUAGCUGGAACUCAGUUCUGGCACCUCUCAGGUGGGCACCAUUGCCAUUCUAAGAGAACAAGAGAGGGGUUCAUGGGGAGUUCCAGCACCUCUUUUCUAGAAAAAUAAUCAAAUGUAUAAUACCACUUUAAACAAUCAUGGCUUCCCCCAGCGGAUCCUGGGAAGUGUAGUUCAUUAAAGGUGCUGAGAAUUGUGGGGAGACCCCUGUUCCCCUCACAAAACUACACUUCCCAGAGUUCCUUGGUAAAAGGGAUUGGUUGUUAAACCACUUUGGGAAUUGUGGCUCUGUGAGGAGAAUAGGGGUUGCCUCACAACUCUCAGCAACCUUAACACACUGAAGCUCCCAUAAUUCUUUGGGGCGGAGCCAUUAUUGUCUAGAGUAGUACGAUACUGCUUUAAAAGUAGAGUGCAGACAGGACUUUGUAUGUUAUCAGUAGUCCUGGCGAAGCCAAACUGCAGCAUUCCAGUUAUUGUUCAACUCCAGCUCGUAUCAGCCCCAGCCAGCAAGUCCAGUGGUUGAGGAGGAUGGGAGUUGUAGUCAAACAACUAGUGGAGGGCACCAGGUUGGCUACCCUUGUAGCCUCUGGUGAUGUUGGACCUGUACCAACUCCUCAUGUGUGCCCAACCUGGAAUAGGGAGGAUGAAGCACAUCUUCACAAAAUGUUAGUCAGCUUAAUAGUGGCUUUUGCGUGUGUCUCCCCUGUCUGGGGUCCUGCUCUCAUAUUCAUGGGGUGCCUGGGGGGGGUCAUGGAUCAAGACGCAUACACACCUGGUUCUGGCAUGCAAUUUUAGACCCUCAGGACCAGGUCACGCAGAGCUGGCAGGGUGUGUGUGAAGAAGGCAAACUGGGCACGGAUCCAUCCCUAAAAUGCAGAAGAAAUCCUAAAAAUAGCUCUUGGGUUUCCUCCAGCCUAAAGCCACUGACUGGCAGCAGUAGGUUCAAUACGUAUGGGAACGAAGAAUCCUCUUGCCCAGUGCAUAAUGAACGACUCACAUGAAUGCAAUCAUAAGCAGGGCCUGCAACAAAAUGUUACAGCAUGGAGUGCUUCUGUUCAGAGCUCUGGUCACUGCUUUCCACCCCCCCUGCACCAACUGUCAAUUGGCGCUCUGUGGUGACUGAGCAUGCUCAGUCCCCAUGAGCUUUCUUCUAGCUGCCACCGCCCCGACCCUUUAUUGUGCAGUUGUGCAAAGGUUGGGAUUCUCCCAAGCCUGUUAAAAAGAAUGCCACCCAAGCCUGUCAAUUCUUCCUCCUCCUCGUGGGUGGGACUGUUUUGGCUGCAUAAGCAAUGAGGUAAUAAGCAAUAUUCUGUGGGCAAUAUAUAUCAUUGUUGUCUCUCUUACUGCUGAGAGAUAUAGCUCAGCAGAUAAGUGUCUUCAGUUUCUGAUGGGAAAGACAUAGCCUCCUCAUUUUGAUGUGGAAAACAUUCUGGAGCUAUGGCACUCCCACUGAAAAGGCCCUGUCUCUUGUGCUCUUUUGACAGAUGUCUUGAGAUGGCCCCUGAAGCAAAGCUGGCGGGGGGGAUGGUAGAUAAACCUGCCUGCCACCGCCAAGGUAGUAGUGCAAGUGUUGCUUGCCUUGUACAUAGCAGGUCUUGUACGUAGCCUUGUACACAGCAGGGAGACAUUCAACCAAACAUACCAAUGAAAAACUCCCUCGGAACAGCACAGCCAGCAUAUGCUCCUUCAGCAAACAUCUAGGCCCAUGUGCCUGGCAGCUAAGCAUCACUUCCAGCCCUUCUGCAGUCCCCCUCUUGGUUAGUUGACUUUCACAUGCACAGAAUUAACCCAUAAGUUGGGCACGGAGUGAUCACUGCUGUUGCGCUUCCAAUGAGUGGAAAGGCUGCAAGCCUGAAUGCAUUUACCUACUUCCAAGUAAGUCCUAUUCAGCUCAAUAGAUUCUACCUCCUACAUUGUGCGUGGGUUUGCAGCCCAGAUCUUUGACUAUCAGGAUUGCAACCUAAAGCUCCCCCCCCCAACCGUUUUAUCCAAGUUUUGGGGGACAGAAUAGGGAGUAGAGAGACAGUCACACAGGUGCCCCUUCCGCUAGAACAUCCCACUCAGAGCCUGUGGGGCUGUAGAGAAGCCAAUGUCUCGCAGCCCAGGGCAGCCGCUUUGGGAUCUGCAGCCUCACCGUAUACAUCCCAGCUUCCUCUUGUGUUCUGAGAAAUGCAGCUCCAGGCCAAUUGCAGCUAGUGACUGUGCGGAAGUGAAAGUUGGGCUGUGAGUCACAGCAAAAGUAACCAGCCAGCAAGCCUUGCCUUUGGUUCAAAAGAGCAAGAGGUCUGAGACUUGGCGCCGUCACAUUCUCUCCACCUGGCUUUCCCAGGGCCUUCAAAUGUAUGGCAUUGAUGUGAGCCAGGUCUCCCAGUAUACAGAGUCCUGGUAUGGGAGUGGAGAAGCUUUGGUGCACCCGAUGUUGCCGAACUGCACCUCCCAUCAGUCGCAGCAAGCAUGGUCAAUGGCCAGGGAUGAUGGGAGUUGUAGUCCAGCAACAUCCGGAGGGCCAAAGGUUCCUUGCCCUUGUCCUAGCAUAGCAGCAGCUGUAUUCUCUAAGACACUGUCUCUGCUUUAGGGUGCUUCCAGGCAACCUGUCGAUGGAGCAACACCAUCCUGAUUUGUGUGCAUGGAGGGCAGACGAUGUUGGUUAUUUAACGACAACCCUUCUCAUUUGUUUGUGGGGAGGUUCAAUGACAUUCAGUGAUCCUUCGCUCCCUGGUGCAUUUCCCCAUCAUUUUCCGUAGUAUAAAAAGUCUAGUGUUUUGGGGAAGUGUGUCCAUUGUGCAAGACCUCCCAAUCAACUGUAAAUGCACAAAUUUAAAUUGACCAGUAUGUGGUUAAAUCCAACCCAAAAAUACUUAACAGCCUGGAAUUGCUCUUAGUUCCUGUUUUUGUAUUUGGGGAAGACGUUGAGGAUGCAUUUUUAAUUUUUAUAAAAAUAUCAAAUCAAAUCAGCAUGCCCCUGUGUGAACUAGAGAUUUUCCAGAGUAUUUAGAAUAUAAGAGAGGCCCUGCUGGAACAUAGGACUGUCUAGUCCAGCGGUGUGGAACCUCAGGCCUGGGAGUUGAAUGUGGCCCCCAGACAUCUCAUUUGGCCCUCAUGAUCCUCUCCAGGCCACACCCUCACUGACCCUGCUCUACGCUCUCUUUCUGUGCCUUGACCUGCGAUGAUGCCUUUUGCUUGCCUGGAUGGAGGUUGGAGAAGGGGUGGGGGCUGAAAAAUAGCCAACUGUACGUAGGUAAGAAAUGCAUCUAUUGCUCCAUCCACCUCUUGUCUUUGGCCUGGCCCAUCACUGGCAUGUCAUGGUCCCCACAAGGGGAAAUGCAGCCCUUGAAUGAAGGAAAUUCCUCAACCCUGGUGUAGGUCAACAUCCUGUUUCCCACAGGGGCCAAAUAAGUGCCUCCAGGAAGCCCACAGCUGCAGUGGCCAGGUAUCCUAUUUUACAGUGGACAGUCCUCUAUUUGUUAGACUAUCUGGUCUAAGGACCCAUCUCCCCAAUACAGUGGUACCUCGGGUUACAUACGCUUCAGGUUACAUACGCUUCAGGUUACAGACUCCGCUAACCCAGAAAUAGUACCUCGGGUUAAGAACUUUGCUUCAGGAUGAGAACAGAAAUCGUGCUCCGGCGGCGUGGCGGCAGCAGGAGGCUCCAUUAGCUAAAGUGGUGCUUCAGGUUAAGAACAGUUUCAGGUUAAGAACGGACCUCUGGAACGAAUUAAGUACUUAACAUCUCCUGCCCACCUAGCAGUUCGAAAGCACGUCAAAGUGCAAGUAGAUAAAUAGGUACCGCUCCGGUGGGAAGGUAAGCGGUGUUUCCGUGCGCUGCUCUGGUUCGUCAGAAGCGGCUUAGUCAUGCUGGCCACAUGACCCGGAAGCUGUACGCCGGCUCCCUCGGCCAAUAAAGCGAGAUGAGCGCCGCAACCCCAGAGUCGGUCACGACUGGACCUAAUGGUCAGGGGUCCCUUUACCUUACCACUGUGCAUCUAGAACAGUAUUGUACCACUUUAAUCAGUUGUAGCUACUCCCAAAGAAUACUGGGAACUGUAGGGGUUUUUUUUAGGAUGCUGAGAGUUGUUAGGAGAACUGCCCGUUUCCUCCAUAGGGCUACUGCUGAUUGACUGAUUAUUUAAUUUCUAUGCUGUUUAAUAAAUUCAAUACAUUGAUAAGCAGUGCACAAAAAAACGGAAGCAACAACAGCCGACUUUAAACAAAAUAUUACAAAGAUACACAAUAAAAAUGUUACAUUAAUACAAAGUUACACACAAAACCAAAUACAAAUAAAUAUCAAUUUCCUAUCUAACACGCCCCCCCUUCUCCAGCUGUUCCCACAGUGGCUUAACAGUCAAUCUCUCUCUUCAGGGAAUGCUGACAACUGUAGCUCUCUUAAGGAGAUAGGGAUCUCCUACAACUCUCAGCACUCUUAACACACUACGAUUUGGGCAGCGGGGCGGGGCAGGGUGGGGGUGUUAGCCAAAGAUACAGCUUUAAAUUUAUAGUGCAGAUUGAGGCCUAGUCAAAUUUCACCUCAAUUGCUAUCAAGUGUUUACAUUAUCUUUCCAGGCAGUUGCCUACUGACUUCCAGUCUUGGGUCCAGUUUACAUUAUUAAAUCCUUCAUAUCCCUAUGAGGUAAGAUACAAGCUGAAAUGAGAAACUGAGCCAGCUCCUGUGGGGAAGGUGAAUUUGGACCUCUUGAGGGUAUUGGACCUCUUGAGGGUAUCUUGCUGCUGAAAGCUGGAUCUCUUGUACAAAUUGCCUUGUCUCUUUCUGGAUUGCUGAGGCAUUAUCUCAUAUUUCAAUUAUUCUAGUCCUGCAUUCAGAGGAGGAGAGAGGGAGAGCUUUAUAAACGACAUUAAUCAAAGAGGUCUCUAAACCUUGCAUAGAAUAAAAUUGUAGAUGAAGUACAGCUAAAAGCUACAAAACUAUUAAAAACAAACAAUACAUAAGAUAACUAAAACGGAUCAACUAAGGCAGAACAAGAAGUGGCAGUGACUGGGUGACUGGCAGAGUAUGUGAUCACAAUCCUGAUAUUCCCACAAGGUGAGAGAGUCUCACAAGUGAAUGGGUGAUGGCUUGCCUUUAAAUGCUUGGUGAGAGGGGUGGGGCAACUUGCUGGGACAUCUUUGUUGCUUCUGUUCAGUUCCUGAAUCAUGACUUCCGAGCACUGUGUCUGCUGCUGAUUCUGUCUGGUUAUUUGCCUGAAUAAGGAUUUCUUCCUUCCUUCCUUGAAAGAUCCUCCGUCUGUGUGCGUUGCAGGGGAGCCAGGGCAGUCGCUUGGAUCAGAAUGCUGGUUUGAAACAAGCAAACAUGAUUCCAAAGUAGCAACUAUUUGAGAGGGAUGGACAGACAGAUGGAUAGCAAAAUGGUGCACACAGAACAUUUUGGAGGGUUAUUGGGGGAAUAUUUUAUGGUGCCCCCAAACUCCUCUUCUGUGCCAAAAAUGUACACUUCCGAAAACCUGGCAAAAACAUUCCCUGUUGAUAUUCAGCCUUAUGACCCAGGAGUGACCAUGGCUCAGAAAUCUAUUAGGUUAAUCUUUUGUCUUUAUUAGUUAUUUGGGGGAUUUUUAAUAUACACAUAGGGAUUUGAUGUGGAUUAAAGGUAUCAUUCAUUCAUUCAUUCGAUUUAUUUACCACUCUUCAUCCAAAGAUCUCAGAACGGUUCUUGAUGGAUUCACUGAUGAUGAGAAGGGUAACUUUUAAGUCAGGGGAGUUGAAGCUAUAGAUUGGGUAAGGUCUAGGUUGCUUGUCCUGGACAAGCUGGCAAGUUAGAUUCAUGCUUUAUGGUCAUGUGGGGGCUGGCUGCGGGCAGACUGAGGUUGGUGGGACAGUGCCAGCCAACACUGCUCAGAACUUAUGUCAGCUUGUGAAAACACAGAAGGGUUUGUGGGAACCUGGGGGAGGGAGGGAAGCCAUUACAGAGAUAGCCCAGGGCUUGGAAGAUACAUCAUCUUAUGAAGCCAUAAUUCUGGCUACAGACUGGGUUAAGCAUUUCUCUAACGUAUUUAGUGACCAUUCAGGGCAAUCCCACUAAUCAGUUGCAAGUAAAGAUUUGUUAAAGUUACUGAAUGGCAACUGGUGUAGAAUAAGGAAAUUAAAUCCCUCAUUGAAGGUUUGAAAUUUUUUUAAAGUAAAGAAGAUAUGUUGCCUCCUGAGCUUUUUAAGGACCACAUGGAAUGUUGGAUACCCAUCUUGGCAGGUUUAUUUACUUUCAUAAAUAGCGCGGCCCAAAUCCCUUCUGGAUGGAAGAUGAGUACCAUUGUCCCAAUUUUCAAAAAAGGGGAUAGAAAUGAUCCACAGAACUAUCGCUCAGUUAGGCUACCAGACAUUUCCUCCAAGCUUUAUGUGUGACAUCUCCUUCAUAUAUUAUCAGACUGGCUGCACACUAAUAAUAUUUUUCAUGAACACCAAGCAGGGCUUAGAGGAUACAGUGCUAUCGAUCAAUGCUUCACAUUGAUGCACAUCAUUAGGAAAUAUACCGAAAACAUUAAGAACACUCUAUAUGCCGCCUUCAUUGAUCUCUCUGCUGCUUUUGAUUCUAUUAAGCGAAGCAGAGUGUGGGAGAGACUACUUAAAGCCAGCAUCGGCCACAGACUUCUGUUACUGAUUUGGGAACUUUACAGUGACAUGGAAAUGAAGGUUAGAGUAGUUCUUAAGGGUGGUGUGUCUGAAGCUUUCAAAUCGACUCGAGCAUUGAAACAAGGCUGGAUUGGGGGCCCCAGUCUUUUUAAGUUCUAUAUUAAUGACUUGGUACCUUAUUUAACCCAAGUUUACUCCCCUUCUCCAGUAAUUAGGAAUUAAAAAAUUCACAUCUGUUGUACACAGAAGACACAGUUCUUCCUCUUUCUCACCUGGGCCUUAAAAAUCUUUUGGUUGCUUUCAGUUCCUAUUGUAAGCAUGAAAGCCUCUCCAAAACCAAUAUCAUGAUUUUCAGUAAACACAGUACUAGAUUUAAAUGGAGUAUGGGGACCAUCAUGAUUUAGAGCAGAUCUGAUCUUUUAUAUACCUUGGGAUACUCUUUAGUGAAUAUCUGCCUUGGAACUGGCAUAUUGAGGCAGUGAAAGUUGACACAUAGAAAGCCAAUAGGGGCACUGAUGAAAUUUUACUAUAAUGAGGGUGGUUAGCUAUUCAAACCUGCACUGAAAAAUUACAGUAGCAAAAUGAUUCCUCAAAUGUUGUAUGGAGCUGAAAUCUGGGGUCACAACUUGAACUCGAUUAAAGGGUUAGAAAUAGUGCAGACUCAGUUUAUUAGGAGAUUAUUCUCCUUACCUACAGGAGUGUCAGCAUCUCUUUUACACACUGAAGCCGGGUGGGAAACGUAUAACACCAGAGCGGCUUGCACCCACUUAAACUACUUGAAAAGGCUCACUUCUUUACCCAUUGAGCAUCUCCUGGCUAUGUGCUCUGUGGAACUGAGGACUAGCCAUCUGUGGAAUUCAAAUGGUCAAAGUAUUCUAGACUAUUAUUGUUUCCAGGAGUUGAACGUGGAUAAGCUAAGGGACCGGCUCUUAUGGCUAGAAUCCAGAAGGGACCUGCAAUCGAUUUGAACCACCAUUUUUUCUCCUUUUGAAAACAGAGCAUUUCAGAUCUAGCUAUUUGACCAAACUCUUGCCUGCCUCAUUAAGAACUGCUUUUAUAGAGUUGUGAUUUCAAGUGCACACAGACCCUUUAUUUGUGGGCAACCCCAGGUAGAAUAUAUCUCCCAUUGUAUGCUAACUUGUCCAUUUUACGCAGAUCCAAGGAGGCUCUUUCUAAAACCCCGCUUUGGACAGGAAAUCAGCUCUCCCUGACAGAGAGGGUCCAGUGGUUGCUGAGUGACAACAGUGCUGUAGUGGCACAUAAAGUGGCCCUUUUUGCUCUGGAGGCAAAAAAAGGUUAGGAAGAAGUAACUGAGUUACUGUAUCCCUGGUGGUUUCCCUGUUAUUGUCGCCUUCCUAAUUUAUGGUUCCUGUUUUUAUUUGCAGUUGUUUCAGAUAUUUUAAGCGGCUUGUGGUUGUAUGGAUUUGCCAUGGCUUUUGGCUAGUACAAUGGGGUUUUUUUUACAUUAUUAAUUGUAGAGAUAGAUGAUGGGGCAGCUCCAACAGGCAACAGAGCUACACCAGUUGCCACCUAUUUCAUUCUAGACCAGCACACACCAGCAGGAAACAGGCUGUGAUAUGAAAGUGAAGGCAAUACACUUGUUGCUGAGACCACAGUUGGUUAUUUCUGUGUCAUCAGAGUAGACUUUGGCCAGCGUGGUUUCUGCUCUGAAAAGCGCGACAUGGUCUGUGAGGUGGAAAUGGAACUUUAGUAUGGGUUUAUUUACUGCAAUUUGAGCUCGCCUUUUUUCUAUGUAGCUGAAGGUAUCGUGGGGUGGUUCUCUCAAGCUUCCAUUUUUAUCUUGUGACAGAACAAUCCUGUGAGGUAGGCCAGGCUGCCAGAUGGUGAAUGGCUCAAGGUUAUCCAAUCAGAUUUCAUGGCUGGUGGGGUGGGGGGGGGUGAGGCAGCCUCAGUCCUAGCCCAACACACUUAACUGCUGCACCAGAUUGGAUUCACAGUGUUGGAAAAGCCAUGGUUUUCCUCAAGGGUGGGGCUGGUUCACUGCUUCCUGAUUGGGGCGGCAGUUACAAAAUGGAGAAGUUUGCUCAGCCGAUCGUGAGUCAAGGAACUCGGAUCGGGAAGGGUAGUCCAGUUCAUCUUCCUCUUCCCGCUUUGCCUCAGGUUACACACAGCCAACCGAUGCCCUUCAGAUGUUGCUGAGCUACAGCUUCCAUCAUGCCUGAUGGGAGUUGGAGUCCAACAACAACAAUGGCUUCAAGCUGCAAGAAAGGAGAUUCCGACUAAACAUCAGGAAGAACCUUCUGGCAGUAACAGCUGUUUGACAGCGGGACGGACCCCCUCACGAGGUCGUGGAUUCUCCUUUUUAAGCAGAGGUUGGAUGGCCAUCCGUCACGGGUGCUCGAUGCAGCUGAGAUUCCAGCAUUGCAGGGGGUUGGACUAGAUGACCCUUGGGGGUCCCUUUCAACUCCACAAUUCUAUGAUUUUAUUAACAUUUUGAGGGAACUGCACUGGCUACCCCUGAUGCAGGCUGGUCCAGGAGGAGAAGUGUUCUUCUAAGUGGGGCUAUAGCUCGGCACUAAAGAAGGUCCCACACUCCUAAGAAGAGCCUGAUGGACUGGCCCAUCUUAGCCCAGCAUCCUGUUCUCACAGUGGCCAACUGGAUGCCUGUGGUAAAACCGCAGGCAGGAUCUGAGCACAACUCUCCUCUUCUGCAGCAUUCAGAAGCGUUACUGCCUCCAGCUGAGGAGUCACUGACAGGCUUAUCCUCCACAAAUCUGUCUAAUCCUCUUUUAAACCCAUAUAGGUUGGUGGCCAUCAAUGCCUCUUGUGCAAGUGACCUGUAUAAUUUGACCCCGUGCAGUAUGAAGGACUUUCUUUUAUCUGUCCCAAAUUUUCCAAGUUCUACUGUUUUGGAUGUCCACAAGUUCUAAUAAAAACCUUAAUAAAUAUCUGGAUGUCCACAAGUUCUAGUGUUUUGACAGAGGGGGAAAAGCUUGUUUCCACUACAGUGGUACCUCGGGUUACAGACGCUUCAGGUUACAGACUCCGCUAACCCAGAAAUAGUACCUCUGGUUAAGAACUUUGCUCCAGGAUGAGAACAGAAAUCAUGCAGCGGCGGCACAGUGGCAGCGAUAGGCCCCAUUAGCUAAAGUGGUGCUUCAGGUUAAGAACAGUUUCAGGUUAAGAGCAGACCUCCGGAACGAAUUAAGUUCUUAACCCGAGGUACGACUGCACUUGCUUUCUCCAUGCCAUGCAUUAUUUUAUAAACUUCUGCAAUGUUGCCUCGUACUCGCUUUUUCUCUAAGCUGAAAAGUCCCAGAUUCUUCAGCCUUUCCUCCUAGGAGAGUCACUCCAUUCAGCUCCCAGCAUCCCCCCUUCCCAUGGUUGUAGCCAAUGAACAUUUACUCAGAGUAGACCUAUUGAAGUCCAUGGUCCUGGCCCAUUAAUUUCAACGCAUCUUUUCUGAGUAAACCUUAGUUUAGCACAAGCCCCUGUCAAUAGUUUAUAAAGAUUUGUGAUGAUCUACAAGAAUAACAAACUGCAGAGGAAAUGGAAGAGAAGAACAGUGGCUGACAUGAGAGCAAAAACUAUAAAGGAAGAAAAACAACAACCCUGAUGUCCUUUUGGGAGGCAGAAAACACUAGGAGGGAAAGAGAUAUCUAAUAAUUAAAUUAUGGCUCAGAUAUUAGCAGCCUUGGGGCCUGUGGAAUAACUGGAAACCCAGAUAUUUGUUUUUGAUCAGAUAAGUAGGAAGAAUAAGGAAAAAGACAAGCAAGGGGUGAGAAAGAGGGGGAGGUGGUAAGUAAGAGCAAUCUCUAACUCUCCAUAUCUCCAGAAAACAAAUUUAUACAUAUAUUAUUUUUAAAUAACAGUGCUAUUUUUCUAGAAAAAGAGGUGCUGGAACUCACCAUGAACCCUUGUUCUCUUCUAAUGACAAUGGCGCCCACCUGAGAGGUGCCAAAACUGAGUUCUGGUGAGUUCUGGCUGAAAAGGGCUUGAAAAAUAGACGCCCCUUUCACUCCUUUUGUAGAUGCAACAAUGCAUCUACAAAAGGAGUGAAGUAACCCCGGCCCAGCCUGACCCUUCUGAGCUACACAGCCUCACUGGCUUGGCUUCGCAUCCUCCUUGAGAGAUUUUACUUGGGUGGAAUGCAUUCUUCAACUUACUGCCUCUUGCUGACCUGGAAUUGGAGCAGAGAAGGGGAAUGUGAGCCUGUGCAAAAACUAGCCUACUGUAACAGGCCCUCUGGACUCCCCCCAGCCACAGUCCCGCUCCUCUCCUCAGGCCACAGCCCUUCCUGGGUCUGCUGCACUGGAAUAUCUCCUUGAACCCUGAUGGUGCAUUUUUGCUUGUCUGGAUGGAGGACAGACAGGAGUGUGUGUGUGUAGAAACUGGCUUAGUGUACAGUGAUAAAUUCCCCGCUCUCUCUUUGCUCUUUCCACUUUUUCCUCUGGUCCUUCCCACUCCUGGCACGUGGCCCCUGGACUGUUGCCCAGAAGGGAAUGGGGGACUCAGUCUGAAAAGGUUUGCCACCCCUGCCUUAGAAUAACCAGUUUGCCAUCAGAGGCACAGGACGGCAUGUCAAACGACAGACAGACAUGUCAGUCUCCGUCAGAACCUCUCUUUGUUACUGCUCAGUGAAGGGUUAAAGAGCUGUGGUGGGCUUGGCUGGUCCUGGCUUCCCCAGAGGUCUCUAUCUUCCUUCUCACCGCCACCCCCCACCCCUUGCCCUUUGGGCCGCUUUGAAGGGCGCCCAAUGCCCUUGAGCCACGACACGUCCAAUUCAGUCCGUCGUUCUUUGCUCCCAUUGUGUUAAGGCACCCACCAUGGAAAACAAUUUCACAGACCAGCCGUCAGGAGAGAAAGAUCGGGGGUGACAAUUGCCUGGCCGGCAAAUGGGCCUGGUGGCGAAACAGAGAGCAGAGCAAACUCGGCAGAGGGCCCAGAGCAGGGAGUCUGGCGCUGCUGCUGCUACUGCUGCUGCUUUUGUGGGGGUAGGGAUGAAGGGAAGGCACAGUGACUUCGCUCCAGCUCUUGGGAGCUAGCAGUGUGUGGAAUCAGCAGCCCUCAAGAUUGCACGGUCACAUGUUUGGGCACAGACAUGAGAAAACCGGUGAGCAAACAAUUUAAGGUGCCUAAAUGCAAAAUAGGGACGCGGGUGGCACUGUGGGUUAAACCACAGAGCCUAGGACUUGCCGAUCAGAAGGUCGGCAGUUCAAAUCCCCACGACGGGGUGAGCUCCCGUUGCUUGGUCCCUGCUCCUGCCAACCCAGCAGUUCAAAAGCACGUCAAAGUGCAAAUAGAUAAAUAGGUACCACUCCAGCGGGAAGGUAAACGGCGUUUCCGUGUGCUGCUCUGGUUCGCCAGAAGCGGCUAAGUCAUGCUGGCCACAUGACCCGGAAGCUGUACGUUGGCUCCCUCGGCCAAUAAAGCGAGAUGAGCACCGCAACCUCAGAGUCGGCCACUACUGGACCUAAUGGUCAGGGGUCCCUUUACCUUUACCUUUAAAUGCAAAAUAACUGGGCAUAACAAGCCUCUCUGUGAGAAAAGCAACCUAACAGCUGUCUCAGACCCUCCAAGUGCCCCUGUUUUCCAGGGACAGUCCCAGAUUUACAGAAGCCGCCCCGGUUUCAGAUUAGAUCCCAGAAUGUCCCUAUUUUCAUUGGAGAAAUCUUGGAGGGUAGGAUAUCUUAAAUAAGAAAAAUAACAUAGGAACGAGCCUGCUGGAUCAGGCCAAUGACCCAUCUAGUCCAGCAUUGUGUUUUCACAGGAGUCAACCAGAUGGGGAGCCCGCAAGGAGGCAGUAUGUGAUUGAAUCCCAUUUUGAAACAGCAACCAUCUGGAAGUGCCUUUCAUCUCACCUCUCUGCAAACUUUGCAACCCAAUCAGGAUGGGUGCUCAAUAAACAGGCCACCUGGAAAUGGCUGAGAAUGCUUAUGCUGUAGAACAAGCUCCGUUGAAGCUUGUGUGGUCAACUCUUCAGUUUCUUUGCUGGAAUCCUGAAGUCCAUUGGCUGGAGUCAGGUGCAAAAAGAGGAAGGAUAGGGAAAACAUACACUUAGAAUUAAGAAAGAGCACCAGGGCUGAGCUUGCAAUCCUGCCACAGACAAAAAUCCACUCCUGGUUUUCCAACCAUUUUAUUUUAUUUUUUGUCAUUUCAGCAGCUUAAUUUAGGAAGCAUUGGGUGGGUGGGGGAGUCAUUUUGUUGUUGCAGUUGAACAACUGGGAGUUGCAAAGCCUUGCCAAUUUACGGCAAAUCGCCCAGAAAUGUACUAAUAGAUCCCAAUCCACCUCCUGCCUUGCCCUGCAAGUUCUAUGACUCCCCUAGCUAAGUGCAGAGCCACAGGGAAGCAGGAUGGAAUUGGAAGGAGUGAGGGAGUGAGGGGGUGUCAUGGGCCCCACAAUGCUGUCAAGAUCAGGACUGGGCUGGCAAGCCCCAAGGUGGCAACAGCAGCAGCAGGAAGAAGAAGGAACAAAGAGGAGGGGCCUGACUGAUGGGAAGUGGGAUUUGAAGGCAGUGCUCUGCCACGUGUACCUUGCUUUCAGCCACUUCAGAAGGGAGAACAGGGAUGCCAGCUCCUUCCUGCCCCCACUUCCUGGCAAAGUGGAGGGUCUCAGUGGAGGCUGGGGAGGGCAGUAGGCAGUGCAGGGAGGCAGGUAACUCAGAAGGUGGCAGCAACUGCUACUAAGCCUGUACUGUUGCUUCCCUGAGUAAAUAUCUCUUCCUUACUUACACAUAACAGCCUCUCUCUGCAUGUGUUGAUUGCGAGAUGGGAAGUGGGUAACACAGGUAAAUGUUAAGGUAAAGGGACCCCUGACCAUUAGGUUCAGUUGCGGAUGACUCUGGGGUUGCGGCGCUCAUCUCGCUUUAUUGGCCAAGGGAGCCAGUGUACAGCUUCCGGGUCAUGUGGCCAGCAUGACUAAGCCGCUUCUGACGAAGCAGAGCAGCGCACGGAAACACCGUUUACCUUCCUGCUGGAGCAAUGCCUAUUUAUCUACUUGCACUUUGACGUGCUUUCGAACUGCUAGGUUGGCAGGAGCUGGGACUGAGCAACGGGAGCUCACCCCAUUGCGGAGAUUCGAACCGCCGACCUUCUGAUCGGCAAUCCCUAGGCUCUGUGGUUUAACCCACAGCACCACCUGGGUCCCGGGUAACACAGGAAACCCUUGAAUAGAGCAAUCAUAGAAGUUGGAAGGGACCCUGAGGAUAAUCUAGUCCAACCCUUCAAUGCAGGAAUAUGCAACUGUCCCAUACGGGGAUUGAACCUGCAACCUUGGUGUUAUCAGCACCACCCUCUAACCAACUGAGCCUUCCUGUAUCCUAAGAACAGUAAGGAAAUAUAACAAAUAAGUGGCUUGGCCCCCUUAACCCUCCUGGGAUUUGAGCACAAGGCUGAGUCUUAUCCCCACCAUAUUCCACAGCCAGAGAUCGAACCUGGUACCUCCCAGGACCCAGACGGUCAGGGCAGUAUCAAAGGAACACACGCUGUCUUCUCCUUCCAAGUGUGCCUUGUGCCCAACCCAGAUCUGGUCCUGAGGGCUGGGGCACACUUGUUGUUGUUGUGUGUACAUUUAUACCCUGCCUUUUCCCCUGACAGGGACUCAAGGCGGCUUACAGAUAAAAAUCAGAACAGCUAAAAACAUAGAAAAGAUUUAGUGGAUGCACUGGGGGGAGGGGAGAGAAAUGGGAGAGUCCUGCUGCAGAAGCAGAAAUCCUUGUGCUCGUGGAACAUGUUAUCUGCACAAGUUUGGAUACAACCUUCAGUAUUUUGCAGGAGGGAUUCAAGUGAAUACCAGAACUUUAGUGUUGUGCCUUCAGAGUGGAUUAAAAGACUGUGUUGCCCUAGCACAACAAACAUACCUUUUUUUUAAAAAAGAGACUUUUUGUAGUUUGGAAAGUGACAGGGAAAUGAAUCGGAAAGUGUGGAAUUAAUAAACAACAGGAAGACUUAUAAGCACCCUGCAAGCAAUUCAGGAUGAAUGCAGAACAAAUGCUUAUUAUUAAUAUUUAUUAUUAUUUACUUAUUUAGAGCAUUUGUACCCCACUCUAAAAAGGCUCACAGAGUGGCUUGCAUACAGUCAAUUAAUCCAAGCUGGUCUCUGCCCACAGGCAUUCAAGUUAAAAAAACAAAAAAACAUGACACAGAAGGGGAAAGGGAUAGGGAGGGAAGAGGAAAAUGAAGAUCAAACUCAGGCACUAAUUCUUAAACAUUUGUCCUUAUAAUGACCAGAUUGCAAGGUUCUAUGACCUCACAAACAAAUCAGAACAAAUGCUCCAUAAAGGCCAGGUAUAAUCUACCCUCUGCGUAAACUUUGUGCAAGACAAUCAAAUGCUCAGUAAAUGCAAUGCAGACUUGCAAUGUCUUUUGCAAUGUCCAUCAGAGGAAUGGGACCAUCAUCUGGGUCACCUGUGUUGUGAGUUUUGACAUAAGGAUUCCUACCUGGCUGCAAGGACACUGCAAUGGAUGGAUGCCAGUGUGCUAAGUACUUGUACCUUGGAGGGGCUAUAACAGUGUAGGGCAUGUGAUUUAGUAUCUCUGGGUAGUAACCAAGCCCCUUUCUGUUUGUUUUCCUGCUGUUCUUUCUUAGGCACGUGUUCCCGUCCAGCAGCAGACAUGACACAGCAGCACUGA